UCCAAUCACAGAUUAAAUAAGUUUUUUAUUACUCUGAAACAGUUCGUCUCCCACACCCAACCAGAUGAAUACGAAAAUGCAGAAAGAAAAGCCGGAGCUGUUGCCUUCAUCCGGAGACGAUGACGACAUCAUUCUCAGUCAGCAACUGUUUUGCACACCGGAUUACUUAACUCCAGAAGAUCAGUUUCCUUUGAAAGGCUUCCAUAGUAACAUCGACAAGGUGGAGGAAGAUAGCCCUUGCCCCAAGUCACCAGAGAAGCCGUAUGCUACGAAAACCAAGAGAUGCCGAAUGGAUGAUGGUGAUACUCUCAGAUUUACCGAUGAUGAACCAGUUGUGGAACUUGGCAGUGACCAUAAUGAGCCAUUUGUGGGAUUAGAGAAUCAUUUUUUUCGAGAAGAAGAUUAUUAUAAUAAGCUGAGGACUCGAAGACAUGUGUCGAGUUCUGCAAUUGCACUACGGUGCAGUACUCCUCUUUGUAUUAGAAACUCCUUUUUGAAAAGCAAUUCGGAGGAGGAAGAGGACAUUUUUAGAAGCCAAACACUAAAAUUUGAUGACCUCAUCCCUUCCGUUAUUGGUUGUAAUGAUCGGUCACGCUAUCUCUAUGACUUUCGUCGGAUUAAGAAAAUUGGUAAGGGAAACUUAAACGAAGUUUUUAAAGUAUUGAAGCGAUUAGAUGGCUGCAUGUAUGCUGUGAAAUGUACCAUCAAGCGGUUGCGUACGGAACCAGAAAGGCUUAAAGCUUUUAAAGAAGCUCAAUCUUUGGCUGCCAUAGGUUUCCAUCAGAAUAUAGUGAGAUAUUAUUCUUCGUGGAUUGAGGAUGAACAAAUGUAUACUCAGAUGGAGUUUUGUGAUCACAACUUAUCUAGUGAAAAUUGUCCAACAUUGCUUACCGAACGACAUGAAAUGGAUGUUUUAUAUCAGGUUUCUAGUGCACUGCAAUUUAUACAUGAAAAGGGAAUAGCUCAUCUUCAUGUCAAGCCAGAAAAUAUUUACGUCAAAGAUGGUAUUUAUAAGCUUGGUGGUUUUGGAUGUGCGACUCUAUUAGACAAUAGCUUGCUUGUUGAAGAGGGUGAUGCACGGUACAUGCCGCUGGAGAUUCUCAAUAAGAAUUAUGAUCACCUAGAUAAGGCAGAUAUCUUCUCCCUAGGAGCUUCCAUGUUUGACAUAAUUCGAAGGUCACAUUUGCCAAAAGCAGAAACUGAGUUCUCUAAACUUAAAGAGGGAAAGGUGCCACACUUGCCUGGAGUUACAAUCCAGUUUCAAAACUUGCUCCAGGUCAUGAUGGACCCUGAUCCUCUUAAGCGUCCUUCCGCCACUGAGAUAUUGGGAAAUUCAAUAUUCAGAGGGUCCCUUAAAAUGACAUAACAGGUUCUGGUAAUUUUUAUUUUGGAGAACUUGACCAUGUAGGGGGCGGGUGGCCGAUGUAUAAUGUCAUUGGCCAACUUUGUGUCCUAUUUUUUGGAACAUGUAUAUUUUGGAUGUGGUCCACUUUUUGUCUUUUGAUGCAUGUAUUGUAAAUGCAAUGGUCUUGUUAGACGUCUUUAGUAUAUAUUGUAAUGGGGAUUGCAGAAGUAUGUACAUGGUAGUAGCCAUUGAAGAAACACUAACCAUGACACAUUUGAUCAUUAUCUGAUUUCAUCUACUAAU